GUGGGAAAGUCUGGGACCUUCUGAGACCCUCUGUGACCUUCCGAGACCAUAUUUGACAGAAGCUCAGACUGACAAUGAGGCAUUUACAAACCGUUUAUCACGGCAAGGCAGUCAGACGUCCUUGUGGGGAAAUUUAUCAAUAUGAAGACCGCCUUUAGUGAGUUAUUUCUGUGACUUAUGUGCGAGUAAUGUUUUUGGCUGUCGUUGUGCUGGCGGCGGUGGCCUCGGCCGCUGAAAAGAAGGAGGACCUCAAGACCGAGGAAUCCCACCCGGUCGCUGCUUACGGAAGCGGCUAUGGCUACGGCGGUUAUGCUGCCCCCAGUUACAGCCAUACCCACUCGUACACCAGGACCUACAGCAAGCCCAGCUACGGAUACGGACACGACGAUAGCUACGGAUUCAAGCCCAGCUACGGCUACGGUCAUUCUACCUACGGCCACUCCGGCUACGGCAGCUCUGGCUACGGCUACGCCCGCCCCUCGUACGGCUACGGCCACACCAAGAGCUACGGCUACGAGCGUCCCAGCUACGGCUACUCCGGCCACGGCUCCGAUUACGGCCAUGGAUAUGGCUACGGCCGCGACUACGGCUACGGCCAUGGCUACGGCUCCGACCGCGGCCACGGCUACGGCUACUCUGGCUACAGCCGUCCCUCCUACGGCCACGGCUACUCUGGCCACGGCUCUGGCUACGGCCACUCUGGCUACGGCUACAGCGCUCCCUCGUACUCGUACUCUCGCAGCUACGGCUAUUCGGCUCCGUCGUAUGGUUACGGAUACGGCCACUAGAUGUCAGCACCUACUGGAGAUGUCAAUCAGGAGCCUGAAUGAUGUGACCUGCCAGUAUGGGGCGGCGUCAACGUGUAAGGAAAUGCCGCCAGCACAGUCUUUCUGGUUAUUUAAACUUGUCCGCUUGUAGCCGUGUGUACCUGACAACAGUGUGUACUGAAUACACCGAACAACGAGCCAGUGC